GUGACAGAUAAACUCUGAUUAAUUCAAUUUUCAGAACGCACUAAUUUUAUUGUUCGUGCGGCUGGUUAGUUUAAUACGCCAAUCUUGUUAAAAUAAAUAUUAUUAUUUGAUCGGGAGGUGUCCGAAUGCAAGAUGUUCCCGCCCACGCGCAUUCGGAGCUGCCUUCCAGUCAUGAACCCGAUGUUCAGGCGUGUGAAACCCCACAAGCCGUUCAGGCAGGUCCACAACCAGACAAAGAGCGUCACUAACAAUCAGUUGCAAAAAACGAAAUGGAUGAAUCUGAGGGCGAUAUUUACGCGAUGGGUGCCUCUAGGCAGCGUCAUAUACGUAGGUUGGUGUUACAUACGGUCGAGUGUGAACUACGAGGUGUCCAGGGUGGAAAUCAAGUUUUACGAAAUGUUCCCGUUCCGAAUAACGAGUCGCCUAUGGGGACGACUCGCGGCCUGGGAGCUGCCGACAUCGAUUAGGAGCUUCGUGUACGGCACGUACGUGAAGAUGUUUAACGUGAAUCUCAACGAUGCCGCCGUCACCGACCUCUCUUACUACAAGAGCUUGUCGGCGUUCUUCACACGGUCUCUGAGAGAAGGCGCCAGGUACGUAUCUCCCGCGUACUGUAUCUCUCCUUGCGACGGUGUCGUGUUAAACUGCGGGCCGGCUGACACGGACAAGAUAGAACAAGUGAAGGGAGUCACGUACAGCCUGGAGGAGUUCCUUGGUGAAAACAAGUGGUCUAGGUCUAAUAGUAACUAUUACGAGUCCCUGUUGAAGAACAAGGAGAACAUUUUACAUCAGUGUAUUAUAUAUUUAGCUCCCGGAGACUAUCACCGGUUCCACUCCCCUUGUGAUUGGUCGUCCAGUUUCAGGAGACACUUCUCUGGAAAGCUUCUGUCUGUGAAUCCAUGGAUGGCCAAGUUAAUACCAGGUCUGUUUACAAUGAACGAACGUGCCGUGUACGUCGGUGAGUGGAAGCAUGGCUUCUUCAGUAUGACCGCCGUCGGAGCCACUAAUGUAGGUUCCAUUGAGAUAUACAGCGAUCCGGAAUUGAGAACGAACACGAAAGGUAAACGAAAUCGAAUCGAAGAGUUGGAAAUACACACAGACUAUAAGAAAGGCGAACUAUUCGGCCAGUUCAAUAUGGGCAGUACAAUUAUAUUAUUGUUCGAAGCUCCCGCUGAUUUUAAAUUUGAGUUCAAAUCUGGCGAAAGGGUGUUGAUGGGUCAGGCGUUGACGACAGCGGCCAAGGAACAGUCCAGAUGACCGGCUUACUCUGAUCUCUUCAACAUUGCUCAGGCGGCCAUUGUAUUGUAUGUCGUGUUGCUAACGUUGUAGGACUUAAGAUCUAUCUAAUAGACUUGUAGCUCUAAGUUACAUUAAAGUAUUACGAUGCUUGUUAUCAGAUCACCGUGAGCCGUCCGCUCCGAGGACUCUCAUAGAAACCUAAUGGAUUUAUUGUGUUGAUUGUCAAAGCUUUUUGAAUACAUUUUACAGCUAUGUUUACAGAGCGUAUAGCCUUCACUACCCAGACCAGCUUGUAUACUUUGUACCGACGAUUUUAUCAUAUUGAGUCAUGUUAAACAUAAAAUUAGUCAUUUAUUAUUUAGUAAACGUGAUGUUGUAAUAUUUAUGUAUUGCUUUGUGAUGCUUUGAAGUUCACAAGACGACUCGCAGCAACCAGAGCCAGGAGAGAUUUAUAUGCAGGCAUUACUCUCAAAGAAUCUAUAUAUGAAGUGUUGGUACAUUGUUGGUGGCAAAAAGUCAUGAGAAGCUUCUUAGUGGGUCGACGGCAAAACAUUUGCUUGAACUUUAUAUUUAAUGAGUGUUAAGUCAACAUUUAUAUUGUAUUGUGAGCUUAAAGUAUGUAUUGUAAGUUAGUGUAAAUGAAAACAUUCUAUCUGGUCGUUGAAGAGGAGAGAGUUAUACAAGAAGCUUUGUUGACCGAUAUGUGAUUUGAAAUCCAUGUACAAAUGUCUGGAACUCAAGUUCCCAGUUUUAUAUAGAUGUAACUAUAGAUUGAAUCAUAGAUACUCAUAGAUAUAUGUAGAUAUACCGAUAGAUAAUAAAUGUAUAUUUUUUUAAAUUCAGGGCAACCGAGCCCACUUCCAGUAUGACCCUGUUUUUGAAUACUGACUAUGGCUAUGUGUUUCGUUUUGAUAUGACAAAAACCAAAGUUUGUGUGCACGUUCACAAAAUAUAUUAAUUUUAAUAAA